CCCCUGCAAGGGAAAUGGAGGGAAGCUCAGUAUUAAGUUGCUAUUCUGCAAAAACCCAUUUUAAAUUGCAUCAUUUUCAUCAUAUAUCUUCGUUUUCUUCGUCUUCUUCUUCGUGGCGGAGGUGCUUUUUUCCUGGGUUGCGGGUCAGUUACCGGGUGAUGCCAAUUCGAAGCUCUGUCCGGGCUUUCACUGUGGAAGAAGCGCCGGAUAAGUCAAGAAAAUCGGUGAUGGGUACGAAAGAAAUGCUCCCGAAGAUUGAUAAAAGUGGUCGCUUUUGCAGCCCAAGAGCCGCCCGGGAACUCGCUUUAUUGAUAGUUUAUGCGGCAUGUUUAGAAGGGUCUGAUCCGAUUAGACUGUUUGAGAGACGAAUGAAUGCCAGAAGAGAACCUGGUUAUGAAUUUGACAAGGAAUCGCUGUUGCAAUACAAUCACAUGAGCUUUGGAGGUCCUCCUGUCACAACUGAAACAAUUGAAGAAGCAGAUGAGCUUCUGAGCAAUGAUGAAAAGGAGUCUGAAAUUGAGGCAGAAGUUCUUUCAGCUCCACCUAAGUUGGUGUAUAGCAAACUUCUAUUGCGUUUCUCUAGGAAACUUUUGGUUGCAGUGGUGGAUAAGUGGGAUAGUCAUGUCCUUGUUAUUGACAAAGUUGUCCCUCCAAAUUGGAAGAAUGAACCAGCUGGCAGAAUAUUGGAGCUUUGUAUCCUCCACCUAGCCAUGUCUGAGAUAUCAGUUCUUGGAACUCGGCACCAGAUUGUCAUUAACGAGGCUGUUGAUCUUGCAAAGCGAUUCUGUGAUGGAGCAGCACCGCGUAUAAUCAAUGGGUGUUUGAGGACAUUCGUGAAGAAUCAUGCAGGGAAUCCCUCAGAGUCUAAACAGGAUCAGGGCAUACCAGUCCAAGUAUGAGUUCAAAUCAUCAAAUGUCUCAAAUCUCACUUCAGAUUUGGUUAUUACAAAUUCCAAUCAUACAAAGGUGACUUGAAAACUCUCUUUAUUGUACUAGUAGUCUAUUACACAGCAGAAUUUUGUAUAUGAUAAUGUUGCAGUAAUAUUCUUGGAUAAUUUUAAAAAAAAUGAAAAAAGAUUUUUUCU